UUUAUUUCGAUGAUAGAAUCAAACUUUUAUUUUGGUUUGUUUAUAGGUUUACGCAAAGCUCGAAUCGAUAAAUUAGGGGUUAAGUGAGAAAAGAAGUUAGGAAAUUUUGAGUGGGUAAUGAACUUGAACUUAGCAAAUCCUCUCUGGGUUCCUGUAAAAGCUUUGUUAUGUAGAACCAGCAGGAGAAGGAGAAUUUUCACUGCCACUGCUAUAAACAGUUUAACGGAAAAGGUGAACAACGAUGAGAAUGAGCUUUUGGUUGUUGUUGGUGGUGGAGCAGCUGGAGUUUAUGGAGCGAUUAGGGCUAAAACUCUCUCACCUGAUUUGAGAGUUUUGGUUAUCGAAAAAGGGAGAUUUCUUUCUAAGGUGAAGAUUUCUGGUGGUGGUAGAUGCAAUGUGACAAAUGGGCAUUGCACCGAUACGAUUAGGUUAGCAGAGAAUUAUCCUCGUGGUAAUAAAGAGCUUAAAGGUUCUUUUUUCUUCACACAUGGUCCUGCUGAUACCAUGUCAUGGUUUUCUGAGCAUGGGGUGCCACUAAAGGUUGAAGACGAUGGAAGAGUGUUCCCCGUCAGCGAUAAUUCAGCUUCUGUAGUUGAUUGUCUCUUGAAUGAAGCAAAUAUUAGGGGAGUUAGGGUUGAGAAAGGAAAGUCUGUGUUAACUGCUUCUACUAAACCCGAUGGAAAGUUCCAUAUUAAAGUUGGGAAGCGAAGUGCUGACACGUUUGAAUCUAUCGAAGCUUCAUAUCUUCUUAUUGCUACUGGAAGUAGCCAACAGGGUCAUGCUUUAGCCACCCAAUUUGGUCAUUCUAUCGUCGAUCCAGUACCGAGUUUAUUCACCUUUAAGAUCAGUGAUCCGUUGUUGGCUGAGUUAGCAGGGAUUAGUUUCUCCAAAGUCCAAGCCAAAUUGAAAUUAGAAACUUCACGCCCGGAUUUAUCAAACCUUGUGCAGAUUGGUCCAAUGCUUGUGACACAUUGGGGACUUAGUGGACCGGUUAUUCUCCGGCUAUCUGCAUGGGGUGCACGCCAUCUCUUCACUUCAGAGUACAAAGGGCUUCUUAUUGUUGACUUCAUACCGGAUAUUAACAUCGAAACUGCAAAAUCUAUACUCAAACAACACAAGCUGCAGUUUUCAAAGCAUAAGGUAGCCAAUACUUUUCCUCCUCAAUUCGGUCUUGUCAAUAGAUUCUGGAGAUACAUUCUAGAUCGCGAGGGUUCUUCAAGAGACACCUUGUGGGCUUCAUUGUCAAACAACUCCUUGAGCUCUAUUUCCGAUCUUCUCAAACAUUGUACAUUUCAAGUCACUGGAAAGGGUCAAUACAAAGAUGAGUUUGUGACAGCAGGAGGAGUUCCUUUAUCCGAGAUUUCUUUGAAGACAAUGGAGAGCAAAUUGGUUCCCAAUCUUUUCUUUGCUGGAGAGGUACUAAAUGUAGAUGGAGUUACAGGAGGCUUCAAUUUCCAGAAUGCUUGGUCAGGUGGAUAUAUCGCAGGCACCCACAUCGGCAAAUUAGCAAGUAAUAGAAGUUCUACAGAAACAAAGAGCGAGUGGCAACAGACAAAGAGCUCUCAGAAACAUGCAGAAACCAUUUCUUCUCUCUUGCUUCCUCUUCUUUUUCUUCUUCAUUCCACAACUAUCUUUCUCUUGCCCACCAGACCAAAGACAAUCCCUUCUAGAGUUCAAGAACUUGCUGACUCAAAGCAUCAAGAACGACUCCAAAGAUGCAAACAUAAAUUUGGAACUAGAGACAUGGAGGCCAAACUCAGAUUGCUGCAAAUGGAAUCGCGUGGGAUGCGAUGCUCGGUCGCUUUCGGGAGAGGUGAUAGAGCUGAAACUGUAUCAUCUUGUCCAAUAUGGCUCAGUAAGUUCAAGCGUUUUGAGACCGGUUCUGCGUAUAAGCUCUCUUGAAACGCUUGAUGUCUCACGUAAUUCCAUAAAAGGAGAUAUUCCUGGAGAUGCUUUUGUGAACAUGACCAGGAUUAUCUCUCUUGACAUGAGUGAUAAUAACUUCAGUGGCUCUAUCCCACCUGAAUUGUUCUCCUUGAAGACUCUCCAGCGCCUUGACUUAAGCAUGAAUGGUAUUGGUGGUAAGCUGAGU